UUCGUCUUCGAAACUUUCUUCACUUUCCUAAAUCUCUCUCUUUUUUUUUCUUCUUCCGUCUCUUCUCUCCUCCCUCUAUUUUCACUCUCAUCUCUCAAACCUCACAAAGUUAGGUUUUAUCAAAGCUCUCCUCCGAUCAAUCUUGUCGUGGUUUAUGAGCAGCUCGAAGGAGAGACCCACUCUUGGUGGUACGCGGAUUAAGACCCGCAAACGGAAUAUUGCAGCGCCUCUGGACCCUGCAACAUUCGCAGAUGCAGUGGUCCAGAUAUAUCUGGAUAAUGCCGGCGAUCUUGAGCUUGUUGCUAAGAACAUCGAAUCUUCAGACCUUAACUUUUCAAGAUACGGUGACACAUUUUUUGAGGUAAUAUUCACUGGAGGGCGUACUCAACCUGGCACAACAAAGCCUGAUGAAGGGGAGCGUCACACUGCGUCUGUUCUAGAUUGUGAGCCAACACGUGAAGCUAUUUUGCCAUCUGUGCUCUACAUACAAAAGAUUCUGCGUAGGAGGCCUUUCCUCAUCAAAAAUCUCGAAAAUGUCAUGCGAAGAUUCCUCCAGUCACUGGAGCUCUUUGAAGAGAAUGAAAGGAAGAAACUUGCAAUUUUUACAGCCCUUACCUUCUCCCAGAAGCUGUCAGGUCUUCCACCGGACACAGUGUUUCAGCCACUGCUCAAGGGUAAUCUUGUGGCAAAGGGGAUAGUCCUUUCUUUCAUCACAGAUUUCUUCAAGGAAUAUUUGAUUGAUAACAACCUGGAUGACCUUAUUUCGCUUCUGAAGCGAGGGAAAAUGGACGAUAAUCUCCUCGAGUUUUUCCCUACUGCAAAACGUUCUGCCGAAGGGUUUUCUGAACAUUUCACCAAGGAAGGGAUGUUAGAUUUGGUUGACUACAAUGCGAAGAAGAUGUUUGAUGUCAAACUGAAGGAGAUGAAAUCUGCAUUGACAACUCAGAUAGCAGAGGAGACUGAGAUAUCCGAGGUCAUUGAAACUGUUAAACAACGGGUUAAGGAUGCUAAUUUGCCUGAUUUUGAAGUUGUUCGCAUUUUAUGGGAUGUGUUGAUGGAUGCUGUACAGUGGUCUGGGAAAAACCAGCAGCAGAAUGCUAAUGCAGCUCUUCGCCAGGUAAAAACAUGGGCAAAGCUUCUGAACGCCUUUUGUACCAACGGAAAGCUGGAGCUUGAAUUAAUCUACAAAGUCCAAAUUCAAUGCUACGAAGACACCAAACUGAUGAAGUUAUUCCCUGAAAUUGUUCGAAACCUCUAUGACCAGGACGUACUUGCAGAAGACACGAUUCUUCAUUGGUUCCGCAAAGGAUCAAACCCCAAGGGCAGACAAAGCUUUGUGAAAGCUUUGGAACCAUUUGUUAAUUGGCUGGAGGAGGCUGAAGAAGAAGAAUAAGUGUGCAGGAGAUGGUGCUGACCUUGGAGGUUACCUUUAAAGCCCCCAACCAAUCUCUCUUACCAAAUGAGGAUUGGAAUGUAGUCUCAACCUCCCCUCCCUGCCCUUAUGGCUUGUUAUGAGUAUAACAAACUUUUAUUUCCGUAUCUAGUUCACAACUUAAUGGCGUGCUGUCGAUGAUGACGAAACUUGUGAUUGUUUAUCUUAUUUGCGGAAUAAAUUUUACUAAUUUUCUGUGUUUUAUGUAUUUGCAAAAUUAGCCAGGUGAAUUAUAAUUAUCAGAACUAGAACUUGAUUAAUCUUUUAUGCUAGUCCGCAGUUUUGGUUA